GUAGAGUGGUAGAACUAUUAGACUGCAGACCUUGCUAAAGACACACGUAUAUUAAAUUUUUAUGUUUUUGUAUUUUAUCUAAAACUGUGGUUUAAUCUUGGCUGUUUAAUGAAACAAAAUAAAUAGCUGUGGAAAAUUGUUGUCGAGUGAAUCAGGAAUAAAAGAUGAUUAUCUUCAUUUGGAUCGGUGUCCUGAUAGCUGUGCUGGUGUUAUACAUUCGCAAGAGUCACUCGAGGUUCAGUGACUAUGGCGUGAAGCAUCCUAGAGCGUAUCCGUUUUUUGGAAACAUGGCGAGAAUUGUUUUCCGUAUCGACAACUUCAGUGAUGAUCUAGAUCGAUAUUAUGACGACUAUCGGGAGGAAAGGUUUGUGGGCAAAUACGAGUUUCUCAGACCACUGUUAAUUGUGAAAGAUUUGGAAUUGGUUAAAAAGAUCGGCAUAAAAGAUUUUGAAUAUUUCCUAGACCACAGAAGUUUUACAAAUGCCGACGUAGAACCACUAUUUUCGAGAAAUAUUUUAUCUUUAAAAGGUCAGGAAUGGAAAGACAUGAGAUCAACGUUAAGCCCAGCGUUUACGAGCUCGAAGAUAAAGCUUAUGGUUCCCUUUAUGCAAGAAGCUGGGGAACAGAUGAUCCGCUCAUUAAAGAAGAAGUUUCAAGACUCUCCAACCGGUUCUCUUGACAUUGAUUGUAAAGAUCUGACGUCACGCUACGCCAAUGAUGUGAUAGCUUCAUGCGCUUUUGGUCUGAAGGUGGACUCUCAUACGGACCAAAACAACAAGUUCUUUGAAAUGGGAAAGAAUGCUUCUACAUUCAAGUUAAAGCAGAUGAUGUUAUUCUUUGCGGUGUCUAUAUGUCCUGCUAUAGCAAAUAAAUUGAAGCUAACUCUUUUCUCAAAUGAAACUAAGGACUUCUUUAUCGACUUGGUGUCGAGUACUAUGAAAGACAGAGAAGUACGGAAUAUUAUCAGACCAGAUAUGAUACAUCUUCUUAUGGAAGCAAAGAAAGGUAAACUUUCCCACGAAGAAGAUAAAAAUAUUUCCGACAACAAUAACAGUGGUCGUGAUGCUGGUUUCGCCACUGUAGAAGAAUCAACAGUAGGAAAGAAAAACAUAGACAGAGUUUGGUCUGACAUUGAUUUAUAUGCGCAGGCAACGCUCUUCUUCAUUGCUGGCUUCGAGACUAUUUCUACAGGAAUGUCCUUUGCAUUACAUGAACUGGCUCUUCACCCAGAUAUCCAGGAUAAACUCUACAAAGAGAUUAAGGAGAACGAUAUAAAAUAUGGUGGGAAACUGAAUUACUCCGCUAUACAGAACAUGACUUAUUUGGACAUGGUUGUCUCAGAAGUCCUCAGGAUAUGGCCUCCAGGACUGGCAUUAGACAGAGUCUGCGUCAAAGACUACAAUUUAGGGAAACCUAAUGACAAAGCUACCAAAGAUUACAUUAUACGCAAAGGAGAAGCACUAUCGAUUCCGGCAUGGUGCUUCCACCACGACCCUGAGUAUUUCCCGGAUCCUGAAAGAUUUGACCCUGACCGGUUCUCAGAUGAGAACAAGCACCUCAUCAAUCCCUUGGCGUAUAUGCCUUUUGGUGUGGGUCCCAGAAACUGUAUAGGUUCGAGAUUCGCGCUGUGCGAACUGAAGGUUCUUUUGUAUCAAAUAUUGUUGCAUAUUGAAGUAUCACCGUCGCCGAAGACUCAGCUGCCGUCAAAACUUUCUGCAGAAUCUUUCAAUCUUCGUCUUCAAGGUGGUCACUGGUUGACGUUUAAGUCAAGAGAUUUAAAUGUGUCUGACACAUUUUUGCAGAAGAUGAUCAUCAUCGUUUGGAUCAGCGUCCUGAUAGUGGUGCUGAUGAUUUACUACCGCAAGAGUUACUCGCGGUUCAGCGACUAUGGUGUGAAGAAUCCCAGAGCGUAUUCAUUGUUUGGGAAUAUGACUAGAAUGGUCUUCCGCCUGGACAACUUCUGUAAAGAUCUAGACCAUUAUUACAAAGACUAUCCGGGGGAAAGGUUUGUAGGAAAAUAUGAAUUUCUGAAGCCUUGUAUAUUUGUGAAGGAGUUGGAAUUGGUAAAAAAAAUAACAAUAAAAGAUUUCGAGUACUUUAUAGACCACAGAAAUUUUACUAAUGGUGAAGUAGAACCAUUAUUUUCAAGAAAUGUAACAUCUUUGAAAGGUCAGGAAUGGAAAGAUAUGAGGUCCACUUUAAGCCCAGCGUUUACGAGCUCGAAGAUAAAACUGAUGGUUCCCUUUAUGGAGGAAGCUGGAGAUCAGAUGAUUCGUUCGCUUAAGAAGAUGCUUAACGAUUCACCAACUGGUUCUCUCGACAUUGAUUGUAAAGAUUUAACGUCACGGUACGCUAAUGACGUAAUAGCCUCAUGCGCUUUUGGUCUGAAGGUAGAUUCUCACACAGAUGCAAACAACGAGUUUUAUGAAAUGGCAAGAAAUGCUUCGACCUUCAAAUUGAAACAGAUGAUCUUAUUCUUCGCAGUAGCUAUAUGGCCUAGUCUAGCAAAAAAACUAAAGCUGACUUUAUUCACAAAUGAAACCAGAGACUUCUUCAUCAACUUAGUGUCGAGUACCAUGAAAGAUAGAGAAGUAAGGAAUAUCAUUAGGCCAGAUAUGAUCCAUCUUUUGAUGGAGGCCAAAAAAGGUAAACUUUCAUAUGAAGAAGACAAAAAUACAGCCGAUAAUAACAGCGGCCGCGAUGCUGGGUUUGCGACUGUAGAAGAGUCAACUGUGGGAAAGAAGAAAAUAGAUAGAGUUUGGUCUGACAUCGACUUAAUAGCACAGGCGACAAUCUUUUUCAUCGCUGGUUUCGAGACGUCUUCCACAGGAAUGUCUUUUGCGCUGCUCGAACUGGCUCUCUAUCCAGAUAUCCAGGAUCGGCUCUACAAAGAGAUUAAAGAGAACCAUGAAAAGAAUGGUGGCAAACUGAGCUACUCUGCUAUACAGAAUAUGACUUAUCUGGACAUGGUAGUCUCAGAGGUGCUGAGAAAGUGGCCUCCAGCUCUGAUUUUAGACAGAAUGUGUGUGAAAGACUACAACUUGGGAAAACCUAAUGACAACGCAACCAAAGAUUACAUUAUACAUAAAGAAGAAGUAGUAUCGAUCCCAGUAUGGUGUUUCCACCACGACCCUGAGUACUUCCCGAAUCCUGAAAGAUUUGAUCCUGACCGAUUCUCAGAUGAAAAUAAGCACCUUAUCAACCCCUUGGCAUAUAUGCCUUUUGGCGUGGGCCCUAGAAACUGCAUAGGUUCAAGAUUCGCGCUAUGCGAAAUGAAAGUCCUUUUGUACCAAAUUUUGCUGCACAUGGUAGUAUCGCCGUCACCGAAGAUUCAGCUGCCGAUACAAAUCUCUGCAGAAUCUUUCAACCUUCGACCUGAAGGUGGUCACUGGUUGACGUUUAAGUCGAGAGAUAAGAUGAUCUUCUUGAUAUGGACUGUCGUACUAAUAGCGGCGUUGGUUCUACACUUUAAAAAGACAUAUUCAAAAUUCAGCGAUGUCGGCGUGAAAAACCCAAAAGUGUAUCCGUUUUUUGGUAACAUGUUCAGAGUUGUUUGUCGGUUGGAUGACUUCACUAGCGAUCUGUACAAAUAUUACUUUGAUUAUCCACAAGAAAGGUUUGUUGGAAAAUAUGAAUUUAUGAGGCCAGUUGUGCUAGUCAGAGAUUUGGAUUUGGCGAAAAAAAUAGCGAUCAAGGAUUUCGAACACUUUCUAGAUCACAGAAGCUUUACGAAUGAAAAAGCUGAGCCGCUAUUUUCCAGAAAUUUAUUUUCUUUAAGAGGCCAGGAAUGGAAGGACAUGAGAUCAACAUUGAGUCCAGCGUUUACCAGCUCUAAGAUAAAACUGAUGGUGCCUUUUAUGGAAGAAGUUGGAAAACAGAUGAUUCAUACGAUGAAAAAGAAAAUCAAGGAUUCUACGACCGAUUCUGUGGACAUCGAUUGUAAAGAUAUGACGUCACGCUAUUCUGGUGAUGUUAUUGCUUCCUGCGCCUUCGGACUUAAGGUGGAUUCUCAAAGUGAAGAAAGCAGCCAUUUCUAUGAACAUGGCAAAAAUGCAUCUGCCUUCAGACUGAGACAGAUGAUUAUGUUUUUUAUUAUGUCUGCUUGCCCUGGAAUUGCUAAAAAAUUAAAUCUCACUAUAUUCUCAGAUAAAACCAGGGAUUUCUUUGUGGACUUGGUGAGUAAAACGAUGAAGGAUAGGGAAACACGGAACAUCAUUAGACCAGAUAUGAUCCAUCUCCUUAUGGAAGCUAAAAAGGGUCAACUUUCUUAUGAUGACAAUAACAGCUCCGAGAAUGGUGACAUUGGGCGAGAUGCUGGAUUUGCAACGGUUGAUGAAUCAACAAUUGGAAAGAAGAAAACUGAUAGAGUUUGGUCUGAUAUGGAUCUUUAUGCGCAAGCGACGCUCUUCUUGAUUGCUGGAUUUGAAACUGUGUCAACGGCCAUGUCGUUUGCGUUGCAUGAACUAGCCCUUCACCCUGAUAUCCAGGAACGACUUUAUGAGGAGAUCAAACAAAAUGACGUCAAAAAUGGCGGAAAAUUGAACUACGCGGCUAUACAGAAUAUGACGUAUAUGGAUAUGGUAGUUUCAGAAGUGCUAAGGAUGUGGCCCCCGGGCGUGGCGUUAGACAGAAUUUGCGUUAAGGACUAUAAUUUGGGGAAACCUAAUGACAAAGCCACCAAAGAUUACACUAUAAGGAAAGGAGAAGCAAUCUGGAUUCCGACAUGGUGCUUCCACCGCGAUCCCAAAUACUUCCCGGAUCCUGAAAAAUUUGACCCCGAACGUUUCUCAGAUGCGAAUAAGCACCUAAUUAAUUCCACUGCGUAUAUGCCUUUUGGUUUAGGCCCUAGAAAUUGUAUUGGUUCAAGAUUCGCGCUUUGUGAGGUAAAGGUUCUGUUGUACCAGAUACUACUGCACAUUGAGGUGUCGCCUUCGGUGAAGACUCAACUUCCAUCGAGGCUUUCCACAGAAUCUUUCAACCCGCGUCUUGCGGGCGGGCAUUGGUUGACAUUCAAAUUAAGAAAUUGAGCUUAUUGUUACUUAUACCUAAAAAACAUAUUAUUUUAAUCCAGCUUUAUAGCAUAAACAUCAACCCCACUUUACGUGUAGUGUUUUAGUAGAAUUCGUCUUCUAUUAGAAUUCCAAAAAUGUCUUCAAAUAAAAUCUUAAAAAAAACAUUUUUAAGAUUUUUUUUUAAGAUUUUAUUUAGUAGGUAUGUGUGUGUCAAUUUCUUUAAUUCAUUGUCUAACACCAUAACUAUAUUAUGCUAUAGGCAAAAGAGAUAAAUAAACGCAUUUCUUGUAUUUUC